GACAAGGUUCCUCACGCUGAGGACAUGGUUGCUCACGCUGAGGGGAAGCUUCCUCACGUUGAGGAAAAGGUUCCUCACGCUGAGAACAAGGUUCCUCACGCUGAGGAAUAGGUUGUUCACGCUGAGAACAAGGUUCCUCACGCUGAGGACAAGGUUCCUCACGCUGAGGAGAAGGUUUCAUCGCGCUGAAGACAACGUUCUUCACGCGCAGGACAAGGUUCGUCCCGCCGAGGAAAAGGUUCCUCACGCUGAGGACAAGGUUCUUCACGCUGAGGACAAGGUUCCUCAUGCUGAGGACAAGGUUCUUCACGCUGAGGACAAGGUUCCUGACGCUAAGGACAAGGUUCCUGACGCUGAGGACAAGGUUCUUCACGCUCAGGACAAGGUUCUUCACGCUGAGGACAAGGUUCCUCAAGCUGAGGUCAUGGUUCCUCUCGCUGAUGACAAGGUUCCUCACGCCGAGGAAAAGAUUCCUCAC